AUGCUCCGAUCGCUAAAGCUCGCUCGUCACGCCGCGCGCGCCGCUUUUCGGCUUGUCGAUUCCGCAAGCGCGCGCUCGUCCGCGUUAAAAGCCGCCGCAAUAACCGUUAGAGGUUAUUCGUCGGCGGAGGCAGACAGCGAGUAUUGGAAGCACGUGGCUAACUCCGUUCCGCGCGGACCGGGAUCCGCGGAGAGCGCGGCGGCGGAGAUCAUCGAGCGCAACCUCGUGCGCGGACCCUCCGCGGAGGAGCGCAGCCCCGCCGCCGUGCUGACGUCACGGCGGGAAGCGCUGGAUCUGUACCGUCUCGUGCUGCGGACCACGCGGGUCUUUCUCUGGCCACACCCUUCAGGAGCGCUCUGGAGGGAUGUGCUGCGGGAGAGUGCGCGCAAGGAAUUCGAAGCUGCGAGAUUUGUUUCCGACCCUGAAAUGCUAGUGGCAAAGCAGCAGGAGGUGGUGCAGAAGGAGCGGUCCCAACCCCCAUAG